AUGGUUGUUUUUCAUUUAGAUGAUUUAGAGGUUUUUUUUCCAUAUGAUUAUAUAUAUCCUGAACAGUAUGCAUAUAUGAAAUAUUUAAAAAAGACAUUAGAUAGUGAAGGACAUUGUGUUUUAGAGAUGCCAACAGGCACAGGUAAAACGGUUGCUAUUUUUUCUCUUAUAACUUCUUAUCAAUAUUAUAAAAAUGAUGAUGGGAAAUUUAUAUUUUGCACACGUACAGUUGCAGAAAUGGAGAAAUCUCUUAUAGAAUUAAAAAAGGUUAUCCAAUAUAGAAUUAAUAUAAUAAAACAAAGAAAUAAUAAAAAAAAUACUGAGGAAAAAUUAAAUGAAGAAAAUAUGUUAAAUAAUUUUCAAAAAAAUGAAGAAAUGACAUAUAAAAACAACACAUCAGAAGAUUCCCAAAACAAAGAGUGUCAAUUAAAAAAAACAUUAAAUUAUCAUACUAAUGAAAAAUUUGGUAAAAAUAGUGAAAUGCUAGCUAUUGGAAUUAGUGCAAGGAGAUGUAUGUGUGUUAAUGAUAAAGUUUUAUUAAAACAUGAAAGAGAAAAAAUAGAUGAAGAAUGUAGAAAAUUAACAGCUACAUUUGUACGAGAGAAAAAAUAUAUUAAUUAUAAAUUAGAUAAAAUUGGUAACAAAAAUAAAGAUAGAAUUUCUGAUUUUAUAUUAAAAAAUAAACAUCAUAUAGAUGUAGAAGAUUAUUUUGAUAUAUAUAAUUCAAAAAGUACAUUGGAUGAAUAUGAUGAAAUAGGAUUAUGUGGAUAUUUUGAAAAUUUUAAAAAAGAAUUUUUAUUUGAAUUAAUAGAACCAGGAGUAUAUACUAUUGAAGAUUUAAAAGUUUUAUGUAAAAAUUAUAAAAAUACUUAUAACAUUAAUGUUCCAAUUUGUCCAUAUUUUUGUGCAAAAAAAAUUAUAGAAAUAUCAAAAGUAAUUGUUUUAAACUAUCAAUAUGUAAUUGACCCAAAAGUAUCAAAAUCAUUAUUUUUAGGAAGAGAUAUGAAUCAUGUAAAUUUUCAUAAAAAUGACAUCAUCGUUUUUGAUGAAGCACAUAAUAUUGAUAGUGUUUGUUUAGAAGCGUUAAGUGUUAACAUAGAUAGAAAUAUUCUUAAUAAAGCUUCUCUAAAUAUAAAAAAGUUAUUAAAAAAAAUAGAAAAUUCAAAAGCAAUUAAUGAAGAAAAAUUAAAGGAAGAAUGUAACAAAAUUUUACAAAAAAUUAAGUCUCAAAAAUUGAAUAAUAAAAAAAAAAAAAGUGAUGAUGAAAAUGAUGGUAGAAAUACUAUUGUUGAUUCAUCUAAUGCUAACAUAAAAAGUGAUUAUGAGAAAAAUAUUUUUGAAGAGGAAGAUACAUUACUACCAACUAAUUCGGAGAAAAAAAGAAAUAUGGUUGAUUUUCAUAAGCAAGAUAUCAUAAUAAAUAAUAGUCCAAAUAAUAACAAAUUUUUAGAGUCAAAUAAUAAGGAUUUUAAAAGAAGAAGAAUAGAAAAUGAAGUUUAUUUUGAUGACGAUAUGAACUUGGUUUUUGGGGAUAUGAAUGAAGAAAAAAUAUGUGAAGAGGAAAAUAUUGUAGCUAAUAAUGAAUCAAAUUAUGUUUUAGAUGAACAAGAAAAAAAAAAAGACACAAGUGAGAGUUUAGUGGAAGAUUUGAAAGAAUUGAUAAGAAAUGAUGUAAAAAAAAAUGAUAAUAAUACUUAUGAUGGUGAUAAAACAAAUGAAAAUAGAAAUAAUUUAUUGAUAGAAGAAGGUGAUAUUUCUGAUUUACAUUUUAAUCCACUUUUAGCAGAAGAUACAAUCAAAAAUAUAAUAAUUCCAGGAAAUAUUAGAAAAUCAGAACAUUUUUUAAACUUGAUGAGAAUAGUUGUAGUUUAUUUAAAAAAGUAUAUAAAUAUAUACGAAAUAACAUCAGAAGGCCCAUUAUCUUUUUUGUAUAAAUGUGAAAAAGAUACAAAAUUGGAUACAUCUUUCUUUAAGUAUUGUUUUGAUAGAUUAAAAUCCUUAUUAAAUACAUUACAAAUAGUAAAUAUAGAUGAUUAUUCCUCUUUGAAUAUUGUGUGCAAUUUUUGUACUUUGUUAGGUAAUUAUUUUAAAGGGUUUAUAAUUAUAUGUGAACCUUAUCCAGAAGCUACUGGAAUAUAUGAUCCUGUCAUCCAAUUUGCAUGUUUAGAUUCUUCAAUUGCUAUGAAAUCAGUAAUAAAUAAAUAUAAAUCAAUUAUAUUAACAAGUGGUACAAUAACACCUUUAGAAUUAUAUCCAAAAUUAUUGAAUUUUAAAACUGUUUUAACUGCAUCUUUCCCAAUGUCUUUUGAUAGAAAUUGUGUAUGUCCAUUAAUUGUUACAAAAAGUUCAGAUUUAGUUCCAUUAUCUUCCCAAUUUUCUUUAAGAAAUGAUAUUAAUGUAAUUAAAAAUUAUGGAAUUUUAUUAGUAGAGAUGUGUAAGAAUAUUCCAGAUGGGAUAGUCGCAUAUUUUCCUUCUUAUAUAUAUAUGGAACAAGUAAUUUCUACAUGGUAUGAAUUAGGUGUUAUAGCAAACAUAUUAGAAUAUAAAUUAAUUUUUAUUGAAACAAAAGAUAUUGUAUCAACUACUAUUGCUUUACAUAAUUUUAAAAAGGCAUGUGAUUUUGGUAAGGGAGCUGUAUUUUUAUCAAUUUGUAGAGGGAAAAUUGCAGAAGGAAUAGAUUUUGAUAAACAUUAUGGAAAAUGUGUUAUAUUAUUUGGUAUACCUUAUCAAUAUACACUCUCAAAAAUUCUUAAAUCUAGAUUAGAUUUUUUAAAAGAAACUUACAAUAUACAAGAAAAUGAAUUUUUAACAUUUGAUGCUAUGAGACAAGCUUCACAAUGUGUAGGGAGAAUUAUAAGAAAUAAAAAAGAUUAUGGUAUUAUGAUUUUUUCUGAUAUUAGAUAUUCAAGAAAUGAUAAAAAAAAUAAAUUACCACCUUGGAUUAUUAAGUGUAUGGAUAUAUCGAAUGUCAAUUUAACAAUUGGAACGGCUGUUAAUAUUUCUAAAAAUUUUUUACUAAAUAUGUCUCAACAGUAUAAAGAAACUGGACAAACAAAAAUUUCACAAGAUUUAUUAAAAAGUCAGAAGAAAUGUUGGCAAACAGUUAAGUCUAUAUUAAAUAUGGAUGACUUUAUUUAG